AUGGCAUUACCUGUAGGAUUUGCACAACCAGAAUUCCAUGGUGGUGAAGAAGAUCAUGAAGAUUUCAUAGAUAGAUUUAUAUCAUAUAUUACCUUGGCUGGAGUAAAUAAUGAUGCAAAUAUUCUCACUAUAUUAGAUCGAUCCUUAAAAGAAGAAGCGAGAGAAUGGUAUUAUAGAAAAUUUGAUAAUAAAAAUUGGGAGUUAGAAAAUGUACUUGAUAACUCUGGUAUAGGUGAAACAAUAGCACAUAUUCGUGGUACUAAUGCAGAAGGUAUAACAAGUGCAGUCGCUUCUUUCCCAAAUGUUCCACUUGGACUUACAGAUACACAAAUUAUCUCUGCUCGAAAUGUUGCUGAAGAUUGGACAAUAGCAGGAGGACGCCCAACUAAUGCAGUACCAGUUGCACCAAAUGCUGGAAGAGGUGUUCCUAUUAUUCUAGCAGAAAUACGAUCUGGACAAAGGCUUUCGUGGAUAAAAAAACAUUAUCCAACUGCUAAUAAAUAUGUAAAAAUGUUAGAAAUUGGAGCAUUAAGACAAGGCGUAUAUGAGAGUGUAUCUUCAUUCUGGGCAAAAAUUCAGAAAUAUGGCGAUCAACUGGGUUAUACUUCAGCACAGAAGAAAACCCAUUUCUUAUCUGGAGUUAGACCUGAUAUUAGAGAUGAAAUUUAUAGAAUUGGUCAAACAAAACCCAUUAACGAUAUUAUUGAUAGUUUGGCAGAACUUGAAUUACAAAAACCUCAGCAAGCAUUUUAUAUAGUAGAUCAAGAAGGUAAUAAUAUGGAUCCACUUUACCAAGAUCCUGAUUACCUUAAAUACCUCGAGCAAGCAAAAGCUUUAUAUAAAAAACCACAAAGAUUCAACCAAUCUGUCAGAAUGAAUAUAAUAGAAGAAGGGCUUAAUGAAACUCAAGAUACUAUAAAUCA